AUGGAAACCACAUUCCCUGUUAUGAUGGAGUCGACUGAUCGUGUUCCUCGUAACGAAAUCGGUGCGCCAUCCAUGGUGGUUCAACAAUAUGCCCGAUACCCGCCAGCGCUGGAGUCCUCACUGCGCAGCGCGUCCUCCCUGGGAAGCGCACGCAGUCAGGCAGAUCUCAAUAAAUCUCCUGCAUUGCAUCGGAAGGAAACCCCUCGAAGCUUACAUUCAUCGCCACGGGGUAUAAGGUCUGCCAUUCCUGCAUCAGCUAUUCGAUCCGGGACAUCCAUGUCACCACCCGUUUUUGAUGUCCUGCGUCAUCCUCAAAUGAAAGACGCUGCCGACCAAGCCGAAUCGAGGAUCCUACCAUCGCGUGAGAUUUCAGAUGAGAAUAUAGACGAUACCUAUGUGCAGUUUAUUUUCUAUUGCAACCCUAAUGUUCCCUCUUCUGUUGAUACCUCCGAACUUCGAAAGACAUUUCGUUCUCCCCCACGUAGUGAUGGCAAGAGCUUCAGCGUAUUUACUCUAUUCGAGUUAAUACGGAAGCUUGAUAACAAAGAGCUCAAGACCUGGAUUCAAUUGGCGAUCGAGUUGGGAGUUGAACCACCUUCUAUGGAGAAAAAGCAAAGUACACAGAAAGUCCAGCAAUAUGCUGUUCGCCUCAAGCGCUGGAUGCGUGCUAUGCACGUUGACGCAUUCUUUGAGUAUUGCCUGGGACAUCCCCAUGCUUACUACACCCAGCUCCCGCCAUCUGGGCCAUUCGUGAGCGAAUCACGAGAUGGCGUGCCAUUGGAAGAAGACCUCGCUCUUCGAGCACUAGUUCCACAGUGGAAACCCAAGCGAGGCAGGAAAAGAGCCGAUGAACGAGAAAUUGAUGAGGAAAGAGCUGCCAAACGACCCUCGUUGGACACUUCAAGCGCAAUACCGUUCAGUGCAUUCCCUGAAGACGAUCCUUGGAUCACCGCCUCUGGGUUUCCCGCAGCUGGUCAGUCGGAUCAGCAAGGGCAAGACCUACGUUGGAGGCUUCCAGAUCGAGAAACAUCCCCGGCCGGAUAUCCGCAGUCUGCGAUUCUUCCAAGGGGACAUCACACAGAUAUUAUGAUGUCUGCCGAACCCCGGUCUGCAGUCACACCUUCAUCUGGGGACAAGGCUCGUGCCAAGCGCAAACAUGGCCCUGCAGUUUCAUCCGCUUGGCCGACUAGUAACAACUCAUCCAACGGAAAGAGUCGAGGCAGACCUCCAAACAAACCAUCGUCUGGGUCAUUCUCUACUUUUCAAAUACAUAGCAGAGAGUCUUCUCAAGUUCCGGCCCAGUCCACUCCUCAGCCACAGCCACAGCCCCUCGGCGUUGAUCAUAAUCAUACAAAUAUCAUGCCUACGUCAUCCUAUAAUCAAACACCCACCCCAAUCGUCCAAGGGAGACCUGGGAAGCUUCAGUUACAGGUCCCUCAACAUAUGGGAGCACCAGUGCGACUUGCUACUCCACCAACCUUGCUUGUCAAUGGGGUCAAUGGAGCCUCCAUUCCGCACGGUCCAGAACGCCAUAUCCCUCAAAAUCCUGACCCUCUCCGCCAUCCCACCCCAAAUACCCAUCAGCAUGGUAUAAUUGGUCCCCAGGCUCCUCCUUUAGAUGCAGGACCGCCAAAGAUAUCAUUCGACGACAUUAUUCGCGCCUUGACAAAUGAACUUCUAGGAGCCCGUGUCAUGAGGCCGAAUCCAUUGAGUCCGGACGAGGCUCAUGGGCUGGCAGCUAUGAUGGUGUUCAAUUUAUCAUCUCAGUACGCCAAGCUCCCAAUGGAGCAGCAUCCGUAUCUGCUGGCCUUCCAUCUUGGUGUUGGUCAUCACUUCGGUCUCGCAGCUCCCCGUCCAGUACCCAUGACUGUGCAUAUUGAUCACUUCAAUCCGAAUGCCCCUGACCGCACGCAACAUCCGAAGGAGCCACGCUACAGCAUUUCUUUCGACUACAAUCCAACUGGGAACUUCUCAAUGCAGAUAACCGUCGGAAACUUCAAUCCACCUGUCGCGUUUCCUGGUCCACCACAACAUGGACCUCCUCCACUUGAGCCGCAGAGAAAGGCCCACGAGAAUGAUGAGAUGACAAACCUCGAUAUUGAAGACGAUGAUGCUGAACACCCAGCCUCCGAGGCUACCUGGAAACAAAGGUUCAUCAAACUUCGAGCACAGGUGCAGAAAAAAGACCGUGCUCUCUCUCAGUACAAACGGAAGAUUGUCGAGUCUGUAAUGGCUGACAUUUGA